AUGAAUGGACUGAUGAUUGGUGAGUAUGUUUCACCUGGAAAAUCCAUGAGUGGAAACUCAGCUGGAGGUGAGGGUUUUGAUCCGUCAUUGUUGGACAUUGGUGGUCCGAGUGGAGGGGACUGUCCACCUGAAGGUGGUUGGUUAAUCGGUGCGGAUACAUGUGAAUAUACUGAUUUAGGCGUUUGUCCAAAUUCUGAGGGUAGUCCAAAUUGUGGAGGUUGUCCGAAUGAUGGCGGUGGUCCGAAUUGUGGAGGUUGUCCGAAUGAUGGCGGUGGUCCAAAUUGUGGAGGUUGUCCAAAUGAUGGUGGCGGUCGGAAUAGAGGUGGUUGUCCGAAUGAUGGCGGUGGACCAAAUUGUGGAGGUUGUCCGAAUGAUGGAGGUGGUCCAAAUUGUGGAGGUUGUCCGAAUGAUGGAGGUGGUCCAAAUUGUGGAGGUUGUCCGAAUGAUGGAGGUGGUCCAAAUUGUGGAGGUUGUCCGAAUGACGGAGGUGAUCCAAAUUGUGGAGGUUGUCCAAAUGAUGGCGGUGAUCCAAAUUGUGGAGGUUGUCCGAAUGACGGGGGUGGUGCGAAAUCUGGGGAUUGUCCGGAUGGAGGAAGUGUUCGAGGCAAAAGUGGAACCUGUGGAAGUCCAUUUUUGUUCAACGGAAUACCUAGUGGAAUGAGUAAAAAUAGUGAGACAGACUCAAUUACAUUCAAAACAUGA